CUUCCGGGACAGUGUUGUCACCAGAAAUGGCUUCUCUUGACAGGGUGAAAGUAUUAGUUUUAGGAGAUUCCGGUGUAGGAAAGUCCUCCUUGGUCCAUCUGUUAUGCCAGAAUCAGGUUUUAGGAAAUCCGUCCUGGACUGUUGGCUGUUCUGUGGAUGUGCGGGUUCAAGACUAUAGGGAGGGAACUCCGGAGGAAAAAACCUUCUACAUUGAGCUCUGGGAUGUUGGAGGAUCUGUCGGCAGUGCCAGCAGCGUCAAAAGCACAAGAGCAGUCUUCUACAACUCAGUUAAUGGAAUUAUUUUGGUACACGAUUUGACAAAUAAGAAGUCCUCUCAGAAUCUCUACCGCUGGUCACUAGAAGCUUUGAACAAGGACUCUUCUCCAACAGGAGUUAUUGUCUCCAACGGUGAUUAUGACAGAGAGCAGUUUGCUGAGAACCCAGUGCCUUUGCUACUAAUCGGAACCAAGUUUGACCAGAUCCCAGAGAACAAACGCAAUGAGGUUCUCACCCGGACGGCCUUCCUGUCCGAAGACUUCAACGCAGAAGAGAUCAAUCUUGACUGCACCAACCCCAGAUACCUUGCUGCAGGCACAUCGAAUGCAGUAAAACUGAGCCGCUUCUUUGACAAGGUAAUAGAGAAGAGAUAUUUCACACGAGAUCCAAGUCAGAUGACUGGUUUCACAGACAGAAAACGGUUCAACUUCAAGAGUUUGCACUACGACUGACGAGCCAUAAAUAUGACGUCAGCGGUCUGUGGCC